AUGGAAUACGCUUCAAAAAAAGUGAAGAAGAUGGACUGGGCUUCAUCAACUCCUGCUACUUCCAUAGCUUCUCUUCCCCAAGAAAUAAUUCUCAAAAUUCUCUCUAGUCUUCCUCCAAAAUCUGCAGUCUCUUUCAAGUGCACUUCUAAGUUCUUCCAUUCCUUUAUCCCUCAGCCGCACUUCGCGUUUAGAAUCCUCUUCUGGGUCUCAUCCACAAAUCUGUACACUGUGGGAUACACUACUGAAGAGAGCCAUGGAAGGCUCCAACCCACCAGUCUCCAAUGCUCAGCAGAAGGAGGUGGCAAGCUUUGCAGAUGGCGACUGGUUGGUUCAAGCUUUGCAGAUGGCAAGCUUUGUCUGUUCAACAGAAGUGGAGGGACCACUAUCUUGGACCUUAGUACAAGACAAUAUAUUUCUCUUCCCCAAACAUUUGUGGAGCCAAAGCCAGGUUGGGGGGACCUGUGGAUAAAAAUGGUUUCCAGUCCAGCCCUGGGUUUUGAUCAGGUGCCGAAAAGGUACAAGGUUUUGAAGUCAGAAUCAUACAGUAAUAAAACUCACCACUAUUACAAGGGUAUGUUGAAGGUUUUAACUCUUGGGGUGGAUGAAUCAUGGAGGGCAGUGACUACAGAAAACUCCUUCCUCCCUCACAAGCCCUAUGCUAGUGUUCAAAUUGAUGGUAUUAUCUAUUUGAUACAUUUUAAGAUAAAUUGCAGGAAUGCACAAGAAAUAGUUGUAUUUGAUAUUGAGACGGAGAAUUUAAUUGGGGUGAUACCUUUUCCCUAUAUAUUCCAACACUCAGGUGCUUAUCAUUCAUCAUGGGUGAAAUUAAAUGAUCGACUAGCUUUUAUUUAUGUUGAUGUAAAAAGGACCCGAAUAUUUGUUUGUACUUUGGAGAAAUCAAUGGGAUCGGAGUGGGACAAACAUGAAGUUCUUCUUACCUUGGAAGAGGCAAAAAUCAUUAGCCAAGCUGAAUCUAUGAGCUUUACCCCCAAUAGUACUGGGGAAAUUGUGUUCUUGAUUCGAGCUGGGAGCAUGCCUCUUACAAUUUUAAUUUAUGCAUGUGGAACACAAUUAUGGAGAAAGUUUGAGAUUAUUGGUUAUUCACCUUUUGAAAAUUUGAGAAGGAUGAUUGUGCAUGUUAUCAAGAUAAAGUAUAUUUUUCUGAAUAAAUUAGAAGAUGGAUCGGAUUCGAGUUAA